AUGGCUGACGGUACAGAAGGUGGUGGCAGAAUCGUGCCUAUUGUUUCCCGUUCGCAGUCCUCCCCCAAAGCUCCUGAGGCAGUCUCCAAAAGGACGCGGAAGGGUAAACGCAACGGGUUGUUCUCAGAGCCCGAAUGUCUUCAUAUCCCCUGUUUGGACGACUUAGGGCUUUAUGCGCUCCCAACUGAAGGCGAUGGCAUACACCUGCUUUCCUCAUCGAACAAUACUGAGAAAAGCCGUCAAUUGAUCGUUCUAGGCAAUUGUCUGUAUUAUGCCCUGUCCGACCAAGUCUACGGUGAUUUCACCCAUGGAGAGGAAAUCCGUACGCGUCUCGCAGAUCACAUGUCUGAAAAUAAAGAGUAUUUCAUGAGUUUUAUUGCUGCUUCAGGCGGAGAGCGUCGAGCUCCUAGAAGAGCUGCCUCAUUGGCUGUGAGAUACUCGUCUUGCCCUUCAUUGCCUUCGACCGCGAACCGGCCUUCCGCAAAGGAUCACGAGCAGAGUUUUGAUACAAAGGUGGCAUACAGCCGGAAGAGUGGGGUCUGGGGAGGGGCUGAGGAGAUCCAAGCCUUUUGCCAGUCGUUCAAGCUUGAUGUGAACGUGUACACAAUGUACGGCGUCCAACGCUUUCGGGACGUAAAUGCUCCUGAGGGUGAGGAAAGGGCGACGGUUCAUAUUGCCUUUCAUGAUUUUAAUCAUUAUUCCUCCGUUCGUCACAAGGAUGGUCCUCAUACUGGCCCCCCAUGUAUUCCGAAGAAGCUCAAAGUCAAAAAGGAGGAGAGACACGCGGAAAGAGCCAAUAGCGAUACCGCUGUGGACAUGGCCACACCCUGGAAGAUAUCCGUCAUUCAGGAAGGUCUCGGUGGGAAGUACACCCGAGAGACUAUAGUCGACAUGCUCCAGCAGUGUCGCGGCAAUAUUGAUAGAGCCUUCUUCAAUCUGAUUGAUGAGGACGGUGCCCAAACAGACACUAUGGCCCCGAAAAUGCCAUUGAGACAGUUGCUUCAUGAUUCACGCUCGUCAUCUCCUUUCAGCACAGGAAGUAAACGCUCUGCGGAAAGUGACCCCGAAGAAGAAGAUCCUCGGCCCGCAAAUCGGCGUGCUCGCGGUCGAGGACGCGAACAGAAGAAACGAAUCCUACCUGAUGUCACUGUUGGUAUUGCCUUUAGAGACGAUCAGAAUGAUUUGAUCUCCUUGCGACUACGAGUUAGCCCUGAUAUGGAGUCCAAGGAUGCUGCUACAGGCAGUCAUCCAGAAACAAAUCAAGAUAGUGGACGCGAGACUGAGCAGCGAGUCUCACGCGAACAUCAAACCGAACCUAUCCGUGGCAAGUCCCUUCGACGUAGCUGUCGCACCACGAAAAUUCGCAAUCUAAACGAAGGAUCCUAAAGAAGACCUACCCUUGACCAAAACAAACAUUCUAUCAAACCUCCUUUUUGCAGCUUUUAGCCUUUGUGGGUUCCAUCAAAAAAGCGAACUUCCAUGAGGCAGCCCUCAAACAAACCCUUUCUCAUUCGUGAAUCAGAACUAGCAUUUGUCACAGCGUGGUUUAGAAAUUCAUACAUAGCAUUACGAGCGCAUUGGGUUUAUCGAAUCGGCAUUUCAUUUCGCCAUUGCAUCGGAGCAGGUGGCUAAAAUUUUGCUUUCCUUUACCUUUUUUUUUUUUUUUUUUCUCCCCUAAAAAGACACGGCUGUGCCGGGAACCUCCCACAUUCACCCCUUCCUUACUACAUAACCAUCUCUCUCUAUCCCAUCACCCUUUCUCUUUUGUCUUUGUCUACCCUCCAUGAAAAUACACGAUAUGCUGUGACGAGGCGUUUUGGAUGGUAUGGUAUUGCAUUCUCCUUGCUAGCGAGUUCAGUCCAGUCCAGUUCAGUUCUAUGGAGGCGACCUGCUUUGCUUUGCUUUAACCCUACCACAAAAGAAAAAGUGUUAUCCGGCGCCUUCUCAUGCCCGGUUGUUGUUGUUUGCUUCUUCGGGAAAGAGGUUAUUAAUGAACUAUAGAAGACGCGUCUGAAGCGUCCAUGAAUUGUUGCUUAAUUGCUACGAUACUACUUACAAUUUAAUGUUGAAUUCCUGAAACCUCUUUUACCGUCUUGAUUUGAAUCUAUCUAUGCUUGAACUACAUCUAAAGAGAUAAGCGGACAGAGUAAUCCCCUUGUAACGUUCGACUAUUACUGCCAUAGUAACAGCAUCAUAGAUCCAACACAGUUUAUCUCAGAUAUCUACAUCCCUGCCUUGUAUAUACAUUCUAAACCAAACCAGACAGAAAGAAUCAUAAAUGCCUCCGUACCAUUAAAAAGAGACAACAUACCCACCUUCUCUCCCAACUCCGUGAUAAUGCAAUAUAGGAAACGGACAAAUAAUAACCAGAAAACAUGUAAACAUAAGAAAUCCGCAAAUGCCCAUGUACCGAGAUUCAUCGAACGAGAAGUAGGAAUAAAAAAAGUAAAAGAACAUAGCAAUCCAUUAUAAGAUGCCCAAUCAAAUCAUAAUAAAUGCAAGUAGGAGUGAGCGAGCCAGAAUCCAAAAAUAUGUCGUGCAUUAAUUCAUUCAUUUGGAAGGUGGUCGAGCUGGAGUGUUCGUUCCUUGAAAGAUCGAAUCGGGAAGAAACCUGGCCCCCGGUGAGCAGCAUAGACUAUACAAUUCAUCCACAUAGGUACCGGACGAUACGAUAUCGCCAGCUGCAACAACUGUUUGCGAUCCUUGUUUCUGGGAAGAAUGGACCAUGGCUUCGUCCAUGUGCGCGACGUCCACUCGCACCUCUUUGAAGACCGUGAUAUCACCGAGGGGGAAGCGGGAGGGCGUGACAAGAGACUCUUCCGAGACGCUGGAUGCUGAGGAGCCAGCGCGAUUGGUACCAGUUAGGUUUCGUAAUCGCUUUGAGGGCAGGAAGCGGGAAAGUGCACGGAUAGUGAGGGAGGGUGAGGAAUCCGUAGAUGUGGUGGACGGAGCCGCGUUGGUGUGGAUGAUCUCUUUGGCGAGGUCCCUGGCGAACAGGUCUCUGCCUAUAGACUGAUCGUGCAUUUGCUGCUCUGCCCUGAAUACGCUAAAAGGGGUAAAUGUGUAGUUGGAAUUCGAGACCCGAGUGUCGAGGUUGCUGACUGCGCAGAACGCCAAGAGGGUACAGGGGCGCCCAUUUGAGCUACGUGAAGGAGCGAAGAGAACACGCCCCGAAAAGCGCAAGACCGAAUUAAUAUCAGGUGGUAAUGAGGCAGAUAGAGCUUCAAUCGCUUCUCCCAUAAGCCCACGGAAGUUGUCUGUCUCCCCAUAGGCCUCUGCCGCACACCUGGAUUCUAACCAAUUGACGCAGGUUGGCAUGGUCCACCCAGUCAUGCGCAAGAUUACUCGCAUGUGUUGAGCUUUGAGAGAUUUCAUCGGCAGGGACGCGGAUGGUAGCGGAUUACGGGUUCCCCUGGCUGUUAGAAUCUCGAAAUUAUCAUUCACGGUCGGACGCAUCACGAAGGAAAUGAGGUGGACACCGGGUUCGAAGCUUCGUUCGGUAGUAGCAUAAUCUCGCA